AACCCAAGCGCCGCAACCUUGAGAAAAUCAACAUCAUAUCUUUACAUCUCGCAUCUCUUACAUCCCGAUUUCUUUUCAUCAUUUCCAUAUACCUUCAUCUUCUCUUUGGAAUUUCUUUUUAAUCACCUACCUACCUAGUACUUAGGUACCUAGUUGAAGAUAAAAACUCAUACACCCGUAAAAAUAAUAACAUAUCUCGAAAAUUCAGUCAAACCUCUCUCUUAUCGAAUGCAUCAUCUGCUCACUGCUGUGUUCUUCGCAUGUUCAAGCUUCCACAAACACGGGAACUAAUUACACUAAUCAAAGAAUUCAGCUUAACCCAAAUCUUAAGCUUGUCUUCAUAAUCCGAUGUGCUACUAUUGAGAGCACUCUUCUUAACCGGUUGGCAGAUAAAAGCUUAGUUCGGGUUUCAAAGUUCCAGUUACAAAAUGUCUCGAACUCCCGGCGAGUCUUCCUCUGGGAAAGAUACCCAAAACCCAACUCCAAUCCCAUCCGGCAUGUCAACCCCAACAAGUCCAACAGAUACGCGACAUCCACUGUCUAGAUAUGAGUCUAUCUCACAGCAGAAUGAUGGUCUGGCGGAAAGCUUCCAGUCUACCGACACAAUGCGACGGAGACCAGAAAAUACAGGAGGAUAUGGUACGCUUUCUAUAUUUACACGCGAGCCCAGUCAUUCAACCAGCCACAUGUUAAUGCAAAAUUCCGAAAUAUAGAAUUACUAAUGCCAGAUAUAGGAACUAUGCAAUCUACUCCUCAAACUCCACAGCCUGGCGACCAUAGAAAUAGCGAAUCUUCCAUGACCGGUGAGCGAUCUCAGCCUGUCAACUUGGACUCUUCGCGAUCAUUCCAGCCAGCCAGAUCUCCCAUGUUAGGACCGUCCGAUCGGGGCCGAACAGGUCAGCGACCGAAAAAACCUCCCAUGCCACGUCGUGCUUCAUCAAACGUACAAGCGCCUCAUAGGGGUCAAGAGUUCUCGGUGGACGAUGAUGUGACUGAGAUGGAGGAAGAAAUGAACAGGCAACAGGCUGGACUUGGGAUUGGUGGUAUCGCAUCGGGGUUUGGACCUUCAAGACAUGGUCCUGGAACUGUGCGGAGGCGCCCUGCUCCAACUCAGCCAACUUUGCCUAGAUUGGAUUCUUCGCACGAAGAAGAAGCGGAAGCCGAGGCUGAAGCUGAGGUUGAUGUUUCUACGGCUGGUGAAAGGACAAAAGAUGAUAAUAUGACUACAUCCGGUGAAGAGACUUUGCAGGAGGAAGACGUUAUCGCAGGGGUAGAGGAUGAAGAUUCUUUAAGUGAUGCGGAGAGCUUUACACUAAAAGACCGUCAACAAGCAAUAAACGAAACGCAUCCUUUCGGUAUAAGGAUUUGGAAGCCUGCAUUGUACAAAAAGAACCGUUCGGUUCAAAAGACAGCCGAAGGCGAUAUCCAUUCAUCUCCUGGCGCUCGUGCCAACAAAUGGUUGAUUUUAUUCAACAUCAUCUGGACACUUGUUUUUGGCUGGUGGCUGGCACUUGCAGCAUUGACUGGAGCACUUGUAUGCUUCGUCUUUGGAGCAGCACCAAGUGCCAUUGAAUAUGGGCGUGUGCUUUGGGGAUUGGCUGGUUAUAUUUUCUACCCCUUUGGGAAAUUCGUACGGCUCGAACAAGACGAAGCUUAUGCCCAGGAAGAUCAAGGAGAAGGUCGAACCAUCACCGAAUAUGAACAAUGGCAAAGUGGAGACAUUGAAGAUGGGAGAUUAUUCUUUGGGCCUCAUCACCCACGAUCAAUCGUUGGCCGAUCAAGGAGAAGUAUUGACUCAUUUGGUAGCGAGACGGAUAGUUUACUUGGUCGUUCAAGACGUGGUACUCAUCGAGAAGAUUCAGCACGCCCCAACAAAAGAAGACUUUUUGGAAGGGGCCAGUGGAAUACUGGACGGGUUAUCUUCUUCCUGUUCUUUUACGGGCUGAUCACGCCUUUACUUUUUAUUGCCUCCGGCAUAUGUUGGUUCCUCGUCUUUUGGAUUCCCAUGGGUAAAGUUACGAUGCUACUAUUUGACCAUCUUCGUCGACAUCCCCUAGCUUUAUCCUUCCAAUCCGACUCUGCAUAUUCUCGUGGAUCUAUUCCAAAUUCUUCGAUUCUCGUUUGCACAUACCGCGCCGUGGGAAGCAAGUAUUGGAAAUACACAGUGGACGGCACAAACAUUUUCUUGAUAAAUCUUAUGGCUGUCGUUCUGUUUGUCAUCUUUGAUUAUUGGAUUCUUUUAGAAAUGCUCGAUCUAAAUAUCUCCAUCACCCACCCGGCGUUCCUGUUCAUUAUGGCCCUGUUGUCUAUUAUUCCUCUGGCCUACUUCAUAGGACAAGCUGUUGCUUCGAUUUCAGCUCAAUCGUCCAUGGGACUUGGCGCUGCAAUCAAUGCCUUCUUCUCAACAUUAGUAGAGGUCUUCUUGUAUUGCAUCGCACUGAACCAAGGUAAAGGGCAACUUGUUGAAGGUAGUAUCAUUGGAAGUAUUUUCGCCGGUAUAUUGUUCCUACCAGGAUUAUCCAUGUGUUUUGGUGCCAUCAAAAGGAAGACUCAACGUUUCAAUGUAAAGUCUGCUGGCGUGACUUCGACAAUGCUACUUUUCGCCGUUCUUGCCGCAUUCGGUCCCACUCUGUUCUAUCAAAUAUAUGGAACCGUAAGUUAUGGAUCUCAUCAUAAUUGUGGAAAUCCUUGCUAACUUCUGUUACAGCAUGAACUCAAUUGCCUUUCAUGCACCGACACAUAUGAUUCAGCAAGCCGCGAUUGCCGUCGUUGCUAUUUUUCCCAGUCGCCAGCAUUGAAUGACAGGUUUUACCUCGAGGCUGUCCGACCGUACUGCUGGUUUGCUGCUGUUCUCCUAUUUCUUUCCUAUGUCAUUGGGCUAUGGUUUACACUUCGAACUCACGCAGCGGUGAUAUGGAACAAUGAAGUAGAAGAGAAGCAAAAGCCAGAACCCAGUGGAGCUGGUCCCCAACAAGCUUCAGGCGGAGCUUUACAAGUCCGCGCACAACGACAUGCCCAGACUGCAUCGGAUGUUCGUGGAAGUGAAAUUCGUGACUCUCAACUUUACAAGCGCAUUCUUGGGCAGUCACUAAAGCAAGCCGGACUGAAUCCUAAGGACAACAUUUCCGAGGACGUUACUCACAAUGGUUCAGUACACACGCCUCAUCUAGUUCCACCCAAGAGUGCUGCAGGAGAUAGCAUAAAGUCUGAUUAUCAGAUACCGGGAUUUACAGAUAUCCAAAACACAACAUUUGUUAGAGAAGUGGCCGAAAUGGCAGCGACUGCUGCUACAAUCGCUGCUCGAGAUGCAGCCCGGCCGCCUCAUCGAAAAACAUCUACCCAUGCACAUAAGCUUCCUUCCUUGAGGACAACAGCUGUACAUGCGGAGCCUGAAGAGGCUGCUCACGCUGAGGGUCAUGCCUCAAGUGGUGGGCAUGAUGCGCCAAAUUGGAGCCGGAUGAAAAGUUCGGUGAUUCUGUGUGGUGCCACUAUUCUUUACGCGCUCAUUGCAGAGAUUUUAGUCAACACGGUCGACGUAGUUCUUUCAAACGUAGCCAUUGAUGAAAAGUUCCUCGGUAUCACAUUAUUCGCACUUGUUCCGAAUACCACCGAGUUUCUUGUAAGCCCUUUCCCUCCCGAUCACGUACAAAAAAAGACUAACACAAUUUCGUAGAAUGCCAUUUCAUUCGCAAUGAAUGGCAACAUCGCAUUAUCUAUGGAGAUAGGAUCUGCUUACGCACUCCAAGUGUGUCUACUUCAAAUUCCAGCUCUCGUUUUGUUUAGUGCCAUCAAUGGACAAUGGUUAGAAGGCUCUGAUCUCGUCGACAAGUCGUUCAGCCUCAUAUUCCCCCAGUGGGAUAUGGUGACGGUCAUUCUUUGUGUGUUCUUACUUAGCUAUAUGUACGGUGAAGGAAAGAGUAACUACUUUAAAGGCUCUAUCCUUCUACUUAGCUACUUAGUCGUCAUCGUUGGGUUCUAUUUCUCAGGAAUGACGGAUCUCGAAGCUAUGGGCAUAAGCCGUUUCGAUAUCAUUGAAUCAGGUGGCAGUUUCAAAACCAUUGGGAGAGGCAAGUCAGGACAUGCUUUUCAACAGUAAUAAAUCCUUACGGACUUACGGGUCUUGCAGGGGUACAAAAAAAUGAUACGGUGGAGUGUUGGAGAUUGAUGAUGUAAGAUUUUGCCUUUUUUUUCGAUUUCAUUCUCGUUAGUAAUGCCUCUGAUUUUUCGAGCGCUGGCGUUGAGGAUACGGCCAUGGUAGCAACUCAUACAUUUCAAGAGUUUCAAACCUUAGAUACCAUAUUACAAUUUCCUUGCACAAACUCCUCUUUUCUCACCCGGGAUUUCUUCUCGAUGGCUCAUUUAAGUGGGUAUAGUAGAUAGCAUGUCAAAUUACAUCUGUACAAAUAAUGGAUUGAGAUGAGAUCGAAUGGAUGGAUGGAUGG